CCCGCUGCCGGCCCUCGGCCCGUGAGGGCGGCUUGGGGCGGUCCGAUGCGGCGGCGGGCAGGAUGCACCAGAAGCUGCUGCGCAGCGCGCACUACAUCGAGCUGGGCAGCUACCAGUACUGGCCGGUGCUGGUGCCCCGCGGCAUCCGGCUCUACACGUACGAGCAGAUCCCGGUGUUCCUGAAGGACAACCCCUACAUCACCGAUGGAUACCGCGCCUACCUGCCCUCACGCCUCUGCAUCAAGAGCCUCUUCAUCCUCUCCAACGAGACCGUCAACAUCUGGAGCCACCUGCUCGGCUUCCUGCUCUUCUUCACGCUGGGCAUCUACGACCUGACGGCCGUGCUGCCGGCGGCCGGCGCCUCCCGCGAGGACUUCGUCAUCUGCUCCGUCUGCCUCUUCUGCUUCCAGGUCUGUAUGCUUUGCUCAGUAGGAUAUCACCUGUUCUGCUGUCACCGCUCCGAGAAGACCAGCCGGCGCUGGAUGGCACUGGAUUAUGCGGGAAUUUCCAUCGGGAUCCUGGGCUGCUACGUGUCAGGCGUGUUCUAUGCCUUCUACUGCAGUAACUACUGGCGCCAGGUGUACUUGAUCACUGUGCUGGCCAUGAUCCUGGCAGUGUUUUUUGCUCAGAUCCACCCCAGUUACCUCACACAGCAGUGGCACAGGCUGCGCUCCGUCAUCUUUUGCUCCGUGUCUGGCUACGGAAUCAUUCCCACCCUCCACUGGGUUUGGCUCAAUGGCGGCGUCGGUGCAUCCAUUGUACAGGAGUUUGCUCCGCGGGUAUUUGUCAUGUACUUCAUCGCUGCUGUAGCUUUUCUCUUCUAUAUUUCCAAAGUUCCAGAAAGAUACUUCCCAGGCCAGCUGAACUACCUCGGCUCGAGCCACCAGGUGUGGCACAUCCUGGCAGUGGUGAUGCUCUACUGGUGGCACCAGUCCACAGUGUACAUCAUGCAGUACCGACACAGCAAGCCCUGCCCCGAGUACAGCGUGGACUUGUGAGCCAAGAGGCAGCAUCGGAGGAUUUGUGACUCCGAGGGUCUGGACCUCAUGUGAUGAGCUGCGCUGUCAAGGACUGAGGCAGUUCCUUUCCUGACUCCUGGAAUGUCACCCCCUUGCUGGGACAAAGCGUUCCUGCAAGCUUUGAUAAACACAGAAGCACUGCCUGGGAUCUGAGGGGCAUUUCCUUCUCAGGCAGUUCCUACUCUGCAGUCAAGCACCAAACAGCUCUCGCUGGAGCGGGACAGCAGGAGGCUGAACUAACCUGGCAUGCAGAUCCCAGCAGGAUGUUUUGUUGCCUGGCAAACACAAAUGGUUCAGCCAAGGGUGCUCAGGCCUGGACACCAGGUUUUCAGGUGGUGUGCACAGUUAGAACAUUUCUGGCAGUGUGCCUGUGAAACUGUAGCAACUGUGGGAGCCAGUCUUGGAUCCAAACCACAGCCCUGUGGGCGGUGCAUCCUUCGGCCUUUGUGUGGAAGAUGUGCUUAUGCUUCAGCGCUGGCACAGGAACGCGUGAACUGGAAUCCUGCUCUGGAUGAGCUCUUCCCAUUCCCUGGGAGAUAAGAUCACAUGACAUCCAGCACACCUAGAUCUUCAUUGCAGGUCUUUAAAAUAGCCUCCCCCAAAGGGGGUUGUGCCAUUGCUUGGAGAUAUUUCUGUAAAUCCCAUCAGUUAUAUGGAAUCGGUAUUCCGGAAUAUUCCAGGAGUAGCAGUAAGCCUGUGUGUCCAUGUUUGUUGCUGUUUCACAGUGAACCUGCUGGGGAUGCAGAUUCCUGACCUUUGGCCUUCCCAUGUGUGCAGAAUGAUACUGCACUCGCAGACACCGCUGUCCAAAAGGACCUGCUGCCAGCAUCCUGCCACAGUGCCAAGGGUGUUUGGAAUUUGAGGAUGUGCUGUGGAAUGAUCUCUUACAAAACCAGCACCGAGGAGCCAUGAAAUACACUGGCCACUGCGUAGCUGCAGCCCAGCACAAUUAAGCUCCAGGGGUGCCAGUCUUCCAAACAGCACUGAAAUCCUUUGGACUUUGGGGCUAGAGGCAACGAUGCUGUUGGGACUAAUCCUGAGUGGCUGUGUCCUUGUGGAGAGGGCUUCCCUGUAAUUCACUGGGAGAGGCUGGCUCCAUGCAGGGACUUCCUCAGGCAGACAGGCAGGCUCUGCUAGCUGCCCAAAGCUGCCUCUUCCUGGGCUAAGGCAGAGGAGCAGGACUUGCUUUUCUGUCAGGACGUGCCAAGGUGACCUGGAGUGGAGGUGGAAGCUUACAGAGAGGCACCUGAACUCCCAGGGCAUGGAGAAGGCAGCAUACGAAUUCCUCCUGAUGUGCUGGACAGGGAUGCUGUCUGUUUAGCUCAGAGGGUGGUUUUGGUGCUUUUUUUGUUGGUUUUUUUAACCUCCAGAAACCAGUAUUGGCAAAACUGCCUCUGCAUUAUUGAUUCAGCUCCCAGAGCUUUAAGCCUUUCAGUGUGAACACUGAUUUUUUUAUGAUUUUUUUUUUUUACUUGACAGCCAAGCAAGUUUCAAGUGCACUAAUUACUACUACUGAAGCCUGACAAG